ACCAGCGCCAUGAAUCACCAAUAUACCCUCUACUACGCCCCCGGAACGGCCAGCCUCGCCGUCCACUGGAUAUUAAUCGAAGCCAAUCUCCCCUUCCAGGCAAUCCCAGUCGACCUCGCAGCAGGCGCACAGCACACUGCCGCAUAUCGACAGUUAAACCCGACAGGACGCGUCCCGACCCUGGUCAUUGAUGGAGAGCCCCGCUGCGAAUCAACGGCCCUGUUGAUGCUCCUGGCAGAGCGCCACCUCGACCGGGGGCUAAUGCCAGCAAUAAAUGCUCCUGAGCGUGGCAUGUGGCUAGAAACAAUGAUUUAUCUAGCCAACACGCUCCUCCCGGCCAUGCGCGAUUGGUUUUAUGCAGACACCGACGGCUUGGCGGACGGGGCGGCUGCGGUGCGCGAUCUGGCUCGGCGCCGAAUUGAGAGUGCUUGGGAUCGGCUAAAUGCGCAGUUAGAGGCACCUGAGCAUGAGGCGAAGGAGCACUAUCUGGUCGGGACAAAACUCACAACGGCGGAUUUUCUGGCUGUGAUGUUGAUGCGGUGGGCCCGAGACAUGCCUCGGCCGGCGACUAGCUGGCAGUAUCUUGAGCUUUAUGUGCAGCGAUUGACGAGGUUGGAGUCGUUUCGGGAGGUUUGUCGGCGGGAGGGUUUGGUUGGUUGGCCGUCUGUGGGGGAAUAGUCAUGUAAUCAUGUUAGCGACUUCCUGCUGAGAAGUAG